UUCCUCGAUUGAUGUCUUCACGCAUGAUCAAACAUGGUUGAGAAGGGUCGCUUCUUAGUCGUUAUUUCGGUUCUUGAAGGACGAAGGUUUCCUAAGCGACCACGACAUCAGAUAAUUGCAGAGGCUCGGUUUGACGGGGAGUUAUUGUCAACUGACCCAGUGAAUCAUGUGGAGAAUCCAGACUUCACUCAGGAGUUGGCAUGGGAGUUGGACAAGAAAGGACUACAGCAGCAUCGACUUCAGAGGACAUCCAUCAAGAUCCAAUGCUAUGCAUACGAUAAUUCAAGUACCAUGAAAGAAGCCAUUGGCUACGUUGUAUUAGAUCUACGAUCAGUAACAGCUAAACAAACAGUGAAAUGGUAUCCUCUUUUACACUCAAAGUACAGUAAGAACAAACCAGAAAUUAAGCUUUCUAUCUAUCUGGAUGAGGAUAAAAGUGGUGAACAGCCAAGCUUCCGAGCCAAGGAAGCUCCUGCAAGAAUUAUUGAGGAUGGAGCUGGUUCAGAUGAAGCCCGAUUUCUUCGGCCAAUACUCAACGAGGAGGAAGGCUACUACCAGAUAGGUCCAGCAUCCAAGUGCAAGGAUCAGUUUGUCCUCUCUGUUACCAUUGCAUAUGCUGCAAACUUGCCACAGUUAAUUCCAAGUACACAACCAUUACCGCCGGAUGCCUCUGGAUACUUUUUCUACUUCUCCCUCCUCGGAAACGAUGUCACAAAUGAAGUAUUCCAUGAUCUCAUCAAUCCCAACUUUCCAGCUGAGAGAGCCUCUGUUAGGAUAAGGACAAGUAUUGAAGCUCUACGACAGUUCUUUACUCAUCAGCCAGGCAUACAAGUUCACCUGUGUUGUGGGGAGCAGUCUUUGGGAAGCUGUGAAGUCCCUCUCAAUUCCCUUCUUCAAAAGAACAGUACAGAAAUUUACAUGAAACCGGUGGCUGUAGAAGGAUCAUUUCAGUUGAUACCUCCUAACAAGACAAAGCAGCAAAUACCUACUGUACCGAACGAUAUGUCUCCAGCGGUUGGUGUAUCUGUCAUACUCCGAAAGGAGGAUAUGGCAAUGAAAUCUCCUGUGAAAGAAUCACCGCCUAGGAAAGAACAGGAAGUAGGGAGAGAUUCCUCUCCACCCAGACCCAAAGAGUCCCCAAAAGCAAAGAAAUCUCCUUCCAGAGGAACCAAAACUAAAUCUAAAACAAAAGGCAAAGGAGAUAAAGAUGUUAAACCCAAACAAGUUGCUGCUGAUGACUAUCCUGAUGAUUUUGAUGAAGAAAAUACAGAGGAAAACUUGAGUAGUAUUGAAGAGGAUAGAUUGAGAGAAAAAGCAGCAAAGAAAUCUGAUCAAAGAGGAGAUAAGCCAGCAAAACAAAGCCUGUCCCCACCCACAGCUAGUUCUGUAAGACCUUCUGAUCAAGGUACAGGUGGCAGUAUUGAUACGACUACACAGCAUGUGGCUAUCCCUCCUCAGGCUCAUCAUUUCACUUUCUCUAUUGACCUUCGUAGCAUCAAAGACAUGGCCAGCACAAACACACUCUACGUCUUCAUCAGGUACACCUACCCAUUCUUUGGGAGUGCAGCACCCAUUCUGACUCACCCACCUGUUGAAAUACGCAAAGGGAUGGAGGUCCUUCUCCCCCAGUCUUUCUGUGCUUUUGACUUUGCUUGCACUGUAGCACAACUACAGGAGACUUUUCUAAGAGUGCCCCUGAUUGUGGAGGUGUGGCAUAGAGACAAACAACUGUCAAAGGAUGUGUUAUUGGGUACAGCUCGUCUUCCUCUUGGGAACAUUAUCACUGCAGAUAAAAUGAGGAUAGCGAGCAAGACUGGUAGUACAGGAUGGAGACAGGCUUGUAGUGACAGAGUCACAGUCCAGGGUAAUGACAGUGACCAGCGUAAAGUUGGGGAGGUCAGCACUGUCCUGAGUUUGGAGGAUUGGGGGACCAUUACCACACAACAAAUCAUUGUCCAGCAGGAAUCCUCCGGGACACAGAGUGUAGCUGAGUCCUUAGGACAGAAUAUUGUUGGCGUAGCAAGGGCACAGUCACAGACCCAACAAGCACCAUCUCAAGUCUCGCCUCAGGCCCCAAGGGAGUCAGUAGAGUACAAGACUGCACUAGAGCUUGAAAUGUGGAAGGAGGGACAGGAAAAAAUGUUUGAAAAUCAGUUAAAGCAGAAGGAGACGGUGUACAUGAAGGCUCUUGCAGAAGAAUGGAAGAAAAGGGACAAAGAGAGAGAAAUUUUGAUGAAGAAAAAGAUGGCAGAAUAUGCACAGCUUGAAGACCAGCUGAGGAAAACAUUAUCAAAUCUUGAAAAACGUGAAAAACAGCUUGCUGCUAAUGAACAGGAGGUGGCCAGAAUGAAAACAGAUUUACAACGGGAACAUGACAGGAAGCUACAGGAUGUACGAGAGGCCUCGCGCAGGAUGAAAGAAGACUGUGACCAUCAGGUGGAGCUGGAGAGGUUGAAGUGCAAAGAAAUUGAAGGGUUAAUUGACAGAUACAAGCGAGAGAUAGCAGAGCUGGAGAAAAAGAAUCAGAACCAAGAAAAGGAGUUUGCUGUGUACAAGGAGCAGCAAAACACAAAGCCUGAGGUCAGACUACAGUCCGAGAUAAACCUUCUCACACUGGAAAAGGUGGAAUUGGAGCGUAAGUUGGAUGCUAUAGCAAAAUCUAAGGUCCACUACAAACAGCAGUGGGGUCGUGCCCUCAAGGAGUUGGCAAGACUCAAACAGAAGGAACAGGUGGCGGCCAAAACUGAGCUGAAACGUCAGCAACAUGAACUGGAGCACAUGCGGCUGCGUUACUUGGCUGCAGAGGAGAAGGAGGUUGUCAAAUCAGAGAAAAAGGAACUUGAGGAUCUGAAAAACGAACUCAAUAGACUUAGGCAAAUGGAGGAGGAGAAAGCCAAGUCACUGAACCAUUCUCUGAGUCCACGGGAAUAUUCUGGAACCAAAGGUGAUGACAGCCAGGGCCUCGACGAACACAUCACCCGCCUCAUUGAGGAACGAGAUACAUUGUUAAGGACAGGAGUAUACACCACUCAAGACGGUAUCAUUGCCGAGUUGGAUAGACAAAUCAGAGAAUCUAUGGUACAGAAGAAAACAAAUGCUUUAUAACACCAAGCUGUUACAUUUUGCCCAACGGUGCCUGUUAUCUCGAGAGAGUGAACAGCAAGUGGAAUACUGAUAUAUUUAAUGAAAGAAAAAGAUUACCUACUGAGAUGUUGUAAUAGCCUUGUGUUGUAAACUGCUGUAGAAUCAGGCAAUCAAUAUUAAGAUGAAGGCUUAGAGUGAAAUGAGAUGGACCUAGCAUUUCUUAUUAUAACAGUACCCUGUGGUAUUUUAAUCUCAAAAUUUAUUAAAGUCUGCUUUAAUAUGUGAAGCUUAAAUACUUAAAACACUUUCAAGGAGAAUUACUCCCAUCAAGCUUACCUUUGCUAAGAUAUCUUUAUUUUGUUCAAUGGUGUGGAAGUAUACUGAUAUUGGGUAUAAAUCAGGAACCUAAUACAUUGUUGUAGAAAUGUUUUAAUGACUGAAAAACUGUUUGUAGAAGUAUUUGAAAUCUUUAAACCUUAAACAUGAUUUUGCAAUUCAAGUACAUCAAAUAAUAAUCAUUCUUUUCUAAUUGAAUAGUCCAUUUAGUCUGUAGUUAGAUCUCUAUGAUUAUUAAUAUAUUAUUUUGCUGUUUUCAUUGAGACACUUCUGUUUCUGGUUUCCUACCAAGCAUCACAUUGACAAUAACUGAGAGCUCAGAUUAGAUAAAUGCAAGCUGUAGAAAAUGUUCAUUUUAUAUAAAUGUCAUGUGACUGGUAGAACAAAUAAUCCAAUACAUUACUAGUAUCCUUUAUAAGUUAGACUGGUUUGACAAAAGAAAUUGUACACACAGUACAACAGCUGUAUCAUACAUUGUGAAUAGUGAAUGGAUGGAUAAACAGUUGUAUUAUAUGUUAGAAAUGUGAAAACAUGUACCUAUAUCCAUAUA